AUGGAUGUUACAGAAAAUAGCUCUACCAAUGCCAUUACUAUUGAUAUUAAUGAUGAGGAAUCAGUUGACAUUUCAAUGCGUAUUGAUGCAACAAGUACUGAAAAUAUAGAAGAGAAAGAGUUAAGCCCUACAAAGAAAAAGGUUAAAGCCAAUGUGAGUAAGCGUAGACUAAGAUCUCCUGCUUGGGAUUUCCAAGAUGGACAUAAGGAAAUUGAUUCUUCAGUGAUAAAGAUUCGUGAGUGCAUCAAAUGUAUAAAGGGUUCUGAGGGGAGGAAACAAAAGUUCUAUGAGUGUGUUGCACAAGUAGGGAUAAUGGGUAGUAAGAGAGGAUUAAGACAAGAUGUCCCUACUAGAUGGAACUCAACUUAUACCAAGCUUGAGAGUGCACUUUUCUAUCGUCAUGCUUUUAUUAAUUUAGGAUUGCUUGAUUCCAAUUUUAGUAGUUGUCCUUCUCCUCAAGAGUGGAUUAAAGUAGAGAAGAUUUCCAAGUUUUUGGGGUACUUUUAUGAUGUUACAUGCUUAUUUUCUGGGACAAAGUACCCCACAUCAAAUUUAUUCUUCCCUAAGGUGUUCAUAAUACAACACCAAAUCAAGGCAGCCAUGGAAGAUAAUGAUGAGUGGGCUUAUACCAAGCUUCAGGGUAAGGAUUCUGAAGAGUUCAAAUAUGUUAGAGACACAUUGACAUCUCUUUUUGAUGUGUACUCGAAAAGUUUAUCUCAUCUUGUUACUUCAAAUUAUGGAAUGAAUGAGACGGAUUUUGAUAAUAAUUACAAAAAUGGUCCAAGUACAAGUAGGAAAAAUGAAUUGCAUAAGUAUUUGGAUGAGGAAAGACUAGAUAGAAAGCAAGACAUAGAUGUUCUUUCUUGUAUUGGUGGUAGAGUACUAGAUCAAUACCAUAGUUCAUUAUUGCUUGAAAUUGUUCAAGCUUUGUUGUGUACUCGAGAUUGGCUUUUUGGCAAGGGAGCUAUGGAGGAAGAGAGUGCUACUGUGGAAAGCCUUAUUGAAGGUAUUGAUGAGUAA